AUGAAUGCGAUAAUUGCGCUGUGCCAUUUUUGCGAAGUUCAUGGACCCGGUGCAAUAUUUUGCACGCAGACGCUGCGCGAGACUAACAUUCAACAGUUGGAUAUCAGUUUCGACGUCGACCGCAAAGGCUGUGCGGCAUGCAAUUCGAUUGGCAACAGCAUCGGGCUCGUGAGCCGGGAUCCGGAAAGUAAUGCCAACUUUGUCAGUAGUCAAAUUCCGGUCAUCACGGAGACCAUCGCCCUCGUUAAGACGGCAGCUUUCCGAAGCCUUAGCUCAGAGGUGAGCUGUUCUGCGUCAGAGGGAGGAUUUGUUUUCUUCGGUGACGCAAAGCAUGGUCACGUACUCAGCCACGCUUUCCAUCUUAUCGACUCGGAGGCAAGAGGAUUUCAGAAGCGGUUUUCCAUUGUUAUCCUAAUGAAGGAUAAAAUGUUUUUGCUCAACACGCAACCAUUCUUGGCAGAUUGCAUGGGUAAAGUAUCGAGAGAAUUGCAGGAAUAUGCGAGAUUGAUUCACGAAGAUGACCUUCAGCGGCAGGGAUUGGAUAGAGCUCAAAGGAUUAACAAAUGCUACGGAAACGGUUCGACAAGCAACGCCACAAAUAUCACCGCGAAUCGAUCGCUUAUCGAACUGACGGGAAAGGAGUCUAUCUAUGCGUAUGUUCAUGCACAUUUCUCGUUCAUCCUCUGGGCGGGAGCCCGGUACCUUACAGAAAGCAUUACACUCGGCUGCCCUUCAACGCCUGUCUGGUUGGGGAAGGACACGGAAGAGGGAUUCGCCAUCGUCCAGUCCGACAAAGAAGGGUAUCAGAUGCGUCGCCUAGGCCUGGGCGACGGAGACAAAAGCUUUGACCAGAUUGACGAGUUAACGCGUGCAAAGUUCUCGCUACGAGCGUUUCGAAGCAUUUUGAAAUCAAAUUUUCUAUCCGUUUGCUAUUGUGCGCUGACUGGGAUUCAGAUCGUUAUUCGCGGUACUCCGGUGAAGGGCUACUGUUUGGUGGCAAAUUUGAAAAAGUUUCUUCCGGAGGCGCUACACAAGCUAGCACGUGCUCACGCCGAAACGUAUACUUCCGCGAACGAGUUUCGUAUUAUCAACCUCAAGCAGGAAGCAAUCGCUCCGCACUCUUCCAGCAGCAUAAUGAGAGUCGAUUUGGUAGACGACCAGGACAAAGAUACGGUAGCCGUUUGUGCCUGGGAGGGUGAAUUGCCUAGCAAACUACCUUGCCUUUUGCAAAAAAUUACCAAAGCCAUCGACGAGGAGCUGUUCAAUGACCACGCGUUAGAUAAACAUUUACGGGUAUUGGUGGAAGAAUGGAAAAAUAAAGUGGUCUGCAUACGUAAGGUGAGCUCCAAUCAGGACGUGGCAAAAAUAAAGAAGAUAAUCGGCGUCCAGCCACAGGAUCAAGUUCUAAUCAACUACUGGUACAACCAUUUAUAGGAGCAGACACCGUUACCAGUUGCAGUGUAAAGUGUGCCUUUAUCAGCUAUAAGCUGACUUUCUUCUUGUAGAAAUAAAUAACGUAUAG